ACUACAGAUGUUCAUACCAUCUUUGUCAAGAAAAAUGAUUAUGUAGACCCACAUACUGGGCUGGUCGAGUCAGGACACAUGUGCACAGUCUGCCAAAAGAAUGGUGUUGCCACAAGACAAUGCUUCUUCAAGGGCAGCAUGUCAACCCUCUGUACUCAUAUCUCAAGGCAAGUAUUCCAUAUCAAAUACAGGCAUCGUGAUCAUAUCAAGGUUUAUCAAGAACAUUGCAAGAAAUUAGGUAUUCCCUUGAAUGAAAGGGCAUGUCCAAGCCAUUAUAUCCACACGCAACCAGAUAAACCUAAUGACUGCAAACUGCAAACUGAGCAGCUGGCCUUUUCACCCAUCGAAGGAUGCCAUACUGGAGCAAAUAUGGCUAAUUUACUUGUGUGCACAGUUGACUGGUAUAGUCUUCAUCCAAAAGCAAGUUUUCAUUUGUUUUUAAUCUAUGUGAUACUAAAUAACAAUCAGGUUGGUUGGUUCACCUGUGAUAAUGCAUUGAGUAACGACACGUGCCUUGAUGCCUUUGCUGGUAUCAUCAAUGCUAAUAAGGAUGCCGGUGCGAAGAUGUGGGAUCCUGUACAAGGUCAUGCAGCAUUAAAACAUGCUCAGCUGGAAGGUAAAGAUGUUGAUCUGGAUGCUUUAGAGGCUGACUUAGAGGAUGUCGAUGUUGAGGGUGACCAGGAGGAGGAGGAUGACAAUGAUGAGGAAUUUGGAGUUGGGGACACAAUUGGAAAGGCACUAGCACUUGGCAUCAAUCUUUUUGUUGAGCUCACUGACAACAGCGAAAAUGUUCCAAACCUCAAAGGGAAGUCCUAUGCAGAUUUUCAACUUGACAGAAGGGACUGGGAAAAACUAAAGUUAAUGCAUGAGGUUCUACAGGAACCAGCAAGUGCUACACAAACCUUUUCUAGCUCAUGCAACCCUUCUGUCUGGCAGAUGAUUCCUGUCCUUGAAUUUUUACAGAAGUCAUGGGAAAACAUGGCCAAGCUCCCUCAAUUUUCCAAAGUCAGUGACGCAAUUCAAAAGGCUUUGGAAAAUGUUGUGAAGUGGUAUCACAAAACAAAGGAUACCAACAUAUAUUUUAUUUGCCUUGGUAUGUUCAUACCAUUUCACUUAUGA